GUUAUGAAAAUAAGGAUAAAAAAUGAAAGAUAUUUUUCAUUUAUUGCUUUUUCAGAAGCUUUUUAUUUUAGUGGCACUAACUAUUAAAAAAAAACUGAAUAUCAAGAGUUCAUGUUGUAGGGUGUUAUGUUGAAUUUGUUCACAGAUGAUCUAAUGAGUAUUUUCAGAGCUGUACAUUAAAACUGUUGUGGAUUUGUGUGUGUUUCUUUGUCCACGGGCUGUGAAUAGUUAAACUGUUAUUCUUCCCCUGGUGCUUUGUGCAGGACAGUUAAUUGGAUGGUACUUAAAGCUGUCACAUAUAAAUGUGAGAAGUGUUUGAUCACUACUUCAGCAGGACCAGUCACUGAGCAGCAGGAGGCUAAACGUUUAGUCUAUCCAUUUCUAUCCAUAUACGUGCAAAAAAGUUUGUCUCCCCGUGUAACAAAUUCAUGCUUUGUUUUGGCGUGCGCGUGCACUGUUGUCCGCGUGCCCGUGGCCUCGUCACCCCACCACCACCACCACCUCCCCCCACCCUGGGGACUGCUCGGCUUUAAUAUCCUGCAGGUUGAUGAAGCUUGGCGGGGAGAUUUUUUUCCACACUCCGCUGGCAGCGUUAAUAGAGGCUGCCCUCCUCCUCUCCUCUCCCCUCUCCUCUUCCUCCUCCUCCUCUCUCCUCUUCCUCCUCCUCCUCCUCCUCCUCACUUGGCUUCUUCCAUCCCGCCACUGUUUGAUGUGGAAAUGCAAGCUAAAGAAAAAGGCUUAGAAAAAGACCACAGUCAAUGGGUUAAAUUAAAAGCAGCACUGCUGUGUUCAUGUCCGUGAAGUGUUUGCGCCUUUUCUGCUGAAUUGUGUUUGUUAGUGUUUACAGAUAGAACAGCAAGAGGACUUUCAAUGGCUGGUCAUUAUUAUUUUAAAGCAGUCAGCUUUGACAGAUUUAUUUUUACAUAAGUGCAUUCCAGCUGUAUAACAUAUAAAUAUAUUGUAAAUAAAUACAGUUGAAAAUGUUCAGCAUGCAUUGUCAUCAUUUACACACAGAUCAAAAUGAGUAUGAAUUAAUUCAAGUAAAAACAUGUUUGUGUGAUCAAAAUGAAUUUGAUAAGAAGAACAAAUCACAAGUCUAUUUCAGCUUAUUAAAGGCUAUAUGCUUAGAUAAUAAACCUAAAUGACUAUCUAUAUAAUAUGUAUUAUCAUUAUCUAUAUUUUGGUCAUAAUCUAUAUUCAAAAUUCAUAAAUUUGUAUGAAAUACAUUUACACUUGUUAAUCUGUACAUGUUUUUUUACUCUGUGAAAAGUGGAACAUCAGUAAAUGGUCCAUGGUUGAACUCAAGAAAUAAAAGUUAAAAGUGUGAAUUGAAAAAAUUGAAAGUCAUUGUUUUUUAUAUUUUAUUUUUAAAGAGUAGCUGCUCAUUGACAUCAUCUUUAAUAAUCAAACCUAUCUUAAUGUAUAAAACACUUGAAAUUUAUGGCCAUUAUAUUAUGAAAAUAUUCAGUAUGUAGUACAUAUGAGUUAAAAUCUCUCUUAAUUCAACAAACGUGCAUAACUUCAACAGCUACACUUAUGUGUGAGUAAUAUUUAGUAUGAACAUGCAGUUUUUUAUUUCAUUUUUCAUCACUUUAGGAUCCAAAUGUCUUUAUCUAGAGUACAUAAAAGGAAACACAAAGUUCAGGUGACAAAUGACAACUGAAACUAAUCUAAAGGAGAACAGUGUAAAAUGUCUCCUAUGAAUUCUGUAUCACUUUCAAGUAUCGUAAUGACUAUAAUUAAUGUUGUCGUGAUUUUUAUCUACCUACCUACCUAUCUACCUGUGAGUACAGGAAUAAACAGUAUCCCUACAAGUGUAAAACAUUGGCCACACAUUUCUUAAUGUGAUUCAAUGUAUUUAACAGAAGGUGAAAAUUUUUAUUUUAGCUUGGGGAUAAGAAAAGCUCCAUUUCAAAUGAAAUCAAUGUUUGUGUAAGUACGUCAGAUAUCCUAAACUGUGUGCAUUCACAGUUUGGUCUCACUGUAUUCAUAUUUAAUAGCAUCUAACGUGCUUGUCUUUAUUUUUCUGAGAAUAGACUUUGGUUGAGAUUUAGUUAUGUCUGUAUCACACAUGUUUAUGCUGCUCAUGUGACUCUGCCUCAUGUUCCAUGACAUUUAUGAUUGUUCAUCCUCCUCCUCCCCCAGGUCAUGGGGGUCUUAACCAACUAGGUGGAAUGUUUGUUAAUGGCCGUCCACUCCCGGAGGUGAUCCGGCAACGUAUUGUGGACAUGGCCCACCAGGGGGUUCGGCCCUGUGACAUCUCUCGGCAGCUCCGAGUCAGCCACGGCUGUGUCAGCAAAAUUUUGGGACGAUACUACGAGACAGGUAGCAUCAAACCAGGUGUGAUUGGUGGGUCGAAGCCUAAGGUGGCCACUCCAAAGGUUGUGGAUAAGAUCGCAGAGUAUAAGAGGCAAAACCCCACUAUGUUUGCCUGGGAAAUCAGGGACCGACUGCUGGCAGAGGGAGUGUGUGAUGGUGACACCGUUCCCAGUGUGAGCUCCAUUAACAGAAUAAUACGAACAAAGGUCCAGCAGCCUUUCAACCUGCCUCUGGAUGGAAAAGGUCUGAGUCCGGGUCAGACCUUAAUUCCCAGUUCAGCUGUCACCCCUCCUGAGUCUCCACAGUCGGACUCUUUGGGCUCCACCUACUCCAUCAGUGGUUUGUUGGGUAUUCCCCAACCCAGUGCCGAGGGCAAGAGGAGCCAUGACGACAGUGAUCAGGAGAGUUGUCGGCACAGUGUGGACUCUCAGGGCAGCGGUGGCGUCCCAAGAAAACAGAUGAGAGUAGAUCAUUUCUCAACGCAACAUUUGGACUGUGGGUUCGAUCGUCCACACUACCCACCGGACUCCUUCAGCUCCGCAUCUAGCAGCAAGACCGAGCAGACUUUGUACCCGCUGUCUCUCAUCAACGGCAGCUUAGACGAGGCCAAAACCAGUCUCUCGACAUCUGGCUCAGCUAUUGGACGGAAUCUGACCGGACCCCAGAGCUACACCAUGGUGACUGACCCCCUACAGCCGCUGCCACUCUGUCUAAAACAGGAAAUGUCCCCAGAAGUAGCCAGCACCAGCCCCUCCCCAAACAUGGUACCAUCCAACCUAGCCUUUGUGGAGCUGCAGGCGCUGCAGAAGCCUGUUUCUGUCAGCAGCAGCAGCAGCUGCAGCAGCUCCAACCAUUUCCCCAAUGCCUUCAGCUCCUUCUCCCAUCAUGCACCAGUGUAUGGGCAGUUCAGCAGCCAGUCUAUCAUAUCAGGACGUGACAUGGUGAGCUCCACUCUGCCGGGUUAUCCACCUCACAUCCCAUCCCCUGCUCAGACCGGCUACUCCUCCUCCGCCAUCACUGGCAUGGUAGCAGGUGCAGACUACUCGGGUCAGUCCUAUAGCCAUUCACCUUACUCCUACAGCGAAGCCUGGAGGUUCACUAACUCCAGUAUACUGGGCUCACCCUAUUACUACAGCUCGGCGUCCCGCACAGCAGCGCCGUCUACAGCUGCCUACGACCACCUUUAGUGCUGGAGAGACUCAGACUGAUUGUGUGGAAGUCACUGAAAAACUGGAUGUGAACUACAGACUGAUGAAUCCACAACACAUUCCCCACCCUCGUCAUGGUCCACACCUUGUUUUCUGUUAUUUAUUUGUCUUCAGUUAGACCACCUUGUUGACUCGUGCGUUUACACACUCCUAACACUGAACUCCUCCCAGGGCCCAUUUGCAGAAACACACAUGGUGCAUAUAUUUUCUAAUGCUGUUUUGGCCAAAGACUUUGUUUCUGCAGCUUGAAACCACUGAUCAAGUCAAGAGGAAUAUGCAAUGUCUUUAUACUGAACUAUGCCUGCUUUUGUUUACAAAAUGUGAAUUCUGUUCCAUCCUCACACACAUGUUUUUGUUUUGUUUGUUUUUCCCCGUGAAUUCACAUUUUAAGACCUUAAAUUUACACCAGAAGAUAACACAAUGAAUCAUAAUGCCUACAAAACACUCACAAAUUCCCCUCAAAGACAAUUAGAGCUUCUGUUUAACAAUAUGUAUAUAUUGUAAAUGAUGAAUUUAUUACGGGGAAGCGAUGCAAUUUGACUCAGAGAAUGACUGAGAAGGGACGGGGAUAGUGAUUUAAAACCAAUAUGGCUUGAUAUACAUUUGUUUUGCUUCAGAUAUGUUUAGUUUGAUGUCAUGCUAAGGUUCUGAUGUUUGGUAAGAACUGUGACUAUUUUUUCUUACACUGUUAUUAAUAUUAUUAAAGAUGUAAAUAAGGAAUUUCUAAAAUUAUUUUAAUUAAAGCAUGACAAAUUUA